GGGCGGGGCGCGGGGCGGGCGCAAUCGGGCGUGGUUUAGGACCCGGGGCGGCUUCCCGGAGCGACGGUGGAACUCCGAAGUUACUCCGGACCUUGGCCCCGACAGUCGGAGCUCUAGGCGCGAUCCUGCCCGCCGUCCUCUGUCCUCGGUCCUCCGUCCGCGGUCCCCCUCUCCUCCGCGCCGGCAUGACGGGCUCGCUGUUCAAGGGAAACUUCUGGAGCACGGACAUUCUCAGCACUGUUGGCUAUGACAGCAUCAUCCAGCACCUGAACAAUGGCCGCAAGAACUGCAAGGAGUUUGAAGACUUUUUAAAAGAAAGGGCAGCAAUUGAAGAGAAGUAUGGCAAAGAUCUGUUGAGUCUCUCCAGGAAGAAGCCAUGUGGACAGUCUGAGAUCAAUACCUUGAAGAGAGCCCUUGAUGUCUUCAAGCAGCAAGUAGACAACGUGGCCCAGUGUCACAUUCAGCUUGCACAGACUCUCCGAGACGAGGCCAGGAAGAUGGAAGAAUUCAGGGAAAAGCAAAAGCUACAGCGGAAAAAGACAGAAACUAUAAUGGAUGCUGCCCACAAGCAAAGGAACUCGCAAUUCAAGAAAACCAUGGACGCCAAGAAGAACUAUGAGCAGAAGUGCCGGGACAAGGAUGAGGCGGAGCAGGCUGUCCACCGCAGUGCCAAUGCGGCUAACCCAAGGCAACAGGAAAAGCUUUUUGUGAAACUGGCAACUUCAAAGACCGCAGUAGAGGAUUCAGACAAAGCGUACAUGCUGCACAUCAGCAUGCUGGAGAAGGUCCGAGAAGACUGGCAGAGUGAGCACAUCAAGGCCUGUGAGGUGUUUGAGGCUCAGGAAUGUGAACGAAUCAACUUCUUUCGGAAUGCAUUGUGGUCACACGUGAACCAGCUGUCACAGCAAUGUGUCACAAAUGAUGAAAUGUAUGAGCAAGUCCGUAAGAGUUUAGAAAUGUGCAGCAUUGAGAAGGACAUCCAGUAUUUUGUGAACCAGCGUAAAACUGGGCAGACUCCACCAGCACCCAUCAUGUAUGAGAAUUUCUACUCUCCUCAGCGGAAUGCAGCCCCACCAGGAAAGACUACAGGGCCCAAUAUAGCAAGGAGAGGACCUCUCCCAGUUCCUAAACAUAUACCAGAUGACCCUGAUUACUCUUUGGUUGAAGACUACAGUUUGCUCUAUCAGUGACAGGAGGGGUGAAAAGGAAGCUUUCCCCAGUCACUGCUUCUAUGACGUGAGGAGAGGCCUGAGAGCAGCCCAAUCCAGAACCAAAUCAUGUCAAUCAUGAAGAUGGCGAUGUGAACCCUUGUUGAAAUUUUUGUUUUGAUAUUUUAAAUUUAUAAUAGACAUCUGACUCAACCUAGCCAAGUAGAAUUCUGCAGAGUUUUGUUUUGUUUCUGUUUUUCUCAGAAAGUUUACGUACUGCCCCAGAAGAAAGAAUUAUUAUUUCCUGGCUAGUACUAAGGUUAUGCUAAGGUGUUGUUUCCUGUGGGGUAGCAAGGCCACUCUGGAUUCUGAGUGUUGGCUCGAGCAGGCCUGCAGAGGGCUGUGCCAGGUUUCAGGAUGCUCCUUGGGCUGUGGGAAGUAAGACCAUGGAAACAGCGUCACCCUCUGUCAGUGGUGCAACGUUUAAAAUUAUCCCUGUUCUUGGCUGGAAGACGUAGAAGCAUCCAAUGGACUUGCUCAUUUUACAGUUGGAGAAACAAGACGCCGCAGUGUGAGGUCGAUUUCUUUACAAUUCUGACAGCUAUCGAGAGGCAGAACCAGACCUGGAGCAUCAGUUCAUUGUACAGUACUGUUCUUCUGGUCCUCUGUGAGGCUGCUGUGCUCAUGCUCAGGUUAAAGAAGGACAGGCUGGAUCAGGGAGUAAGGGUACCUGUGCAAAUCUAACAGCCUGAGCUCCAUCGCUGGGACACACAGAAGGGUAUAAGGGGGCAACCACUCCAGAGCAGGCCUCUGCAUGAGCUGGAGCAUGCACACAGCUGUGACUGACAUGCAUGCGUGCAUACACACACACACAUUUAUGAAGGGUAUUUGGCCAAUAUUUUUUCAGCUAGUAAAAUUACUGGGAUUAAAGUGUCAGAAUCAUUUUGAUAAAAAUUGCUGUGUAUUGAAUGAACAACAGUUAAGAGAGUAUUUAAUCUGUGAGGCUAUGGAUUGUAAGAUACACUUUUAUUGUGUGUAUCUAGGAAGGUAUGGCAGGGAGUUGCCAAUUAAGCUGUUGUAGUCUGUAGAUUGCCAACCUCACUUGAUUUUGGGACAGUAAAGUUGAAAAAAAAUUACAUUCAAAGAAAUAGGUUAUUUUAACUAUUCUUCAAGGAAAUUCAGAAUUUCAAAGCCCUCUUCAAUCUCGGGUUUUCAUAGAAAAUCCCUUGCUGUGCUCUGGGAAAUUUAGACAGGCAUCCUUACUCUUUUACAACUGUUUGUUGCUCCCUUUGCUACCCCCACAUUGCAGGGAGAUCAUGUACUGUUUACACCUCAGAAGGUGGGUACUUCAGUUAUGACGAGUUACAUGGCACCGUUCCUUAUUUGGCAUGUUGUAAGUAUCUGUGUCACCUUGAAGGGCAAGCAGGUUCCUCUCCUCUGUGCUGUAGCUUUCCCAGGACUUUGGACAAUUGGCUAAAAUAAGACUGAAAGCUGGGCAUGGUGUAGAUCGCCUAUAGUCCCAGCAUGCUGGAGGCUGACACAGGAAGAUCGUGAGUUUGAGGUUGGCCUAGGUACAUAGCAAGAACCCAUCUUAACCCCUUUGCCCACAAAAAGGUUGAUUAUGUCCCCUCUCAAUAGAAGAUGCCCCCAGCCAUGGAAGCUUCUUGGCAUCGCAGGAAAUUUGCACCAGUUUGGCAUCUUUUGAGAAACUCAGGUUUGCAAAAGCACAUUGACUUCCCCAAACUAGACAGCCUCAGGAAAUUGCCUGUUGCACACAGAACGUUCUGUUUUUAAGUAUAUUAUUUAUUGUUGGUCUUCAGUAAUUUGUAUUUUCUAUCAAUCAGCAUAAUUGAUGUAAACAUGUUUUAUGAGUGUAAAACAAUAUUAAUUUUAUUGCUUUGUUUCUGCUUGACAUGAAAUAAAAUAAAAGUUUCUGAUGAUUUGAGAUUUAA